UGUGUGAGCGCUGGAGCUCAGUCCGUUAUGACACUUCAUACUGUGACAACUGUAAGUUCGUUCACUCGCUACUCAUCUUGCGCUACAUUGAACACCAAGUGCUGGAGUGACCAGCUGGUGAUACAGUGGUCACCUGGUGCUCAAGCAGAAACAUCAGCUGUCAAGUCCUCGUUGACCUUCGCAUGUGACCUCACUGGGCAUAAUGAUGCAAACGUCAAUCUGUUACCUGAUGUUCCUGGUGCUGUUUGUCUCUUGUUUGUCUUCGGUAACAGGUACUAUGUUACAGCUGAGAGUCAUCAAGGCAGAGGCAAAAUCUGGCCCCGUGAUUGAGGUCAACUGGAUGGUUCCUUCUCACCACCCCAAUCUCUCCCUCACCUGGAGUGCUAUUACCUACUCUUCACAGGUGGCCAGUAAGGAGGUUGGUUGGCACCGCCCUGGGGACUCCGUUACCAGCUUCGUCAUCAAGGAGGCUCUCAGGUUUGACCAACAGUACCGGGUGUGCCUACAGUGGGAGGCACCGCAGUGCCAGCAUCAAGCUUCCAUCUGCAACUUCCUCAUCGUGCCCAAGCUUAUGCAGAGCAAGGCUCACACAGGUCCGUGGCUGUACUUGGUGAUGGGUCCAGUACACAGUAAGAACGUCACUGUGGUGUGGGGGGAGACACCCGGUCUCCAGACUCUGGAGCAGCCUCGUAUAUCUCGCAUCGGAUUCAGGAUCACAUGGAGGAGGGUGGAUGGUCGUGUGGGACAUCCAGGUCAUGCUUCCAGCCUCGCCUCCAGUAAGCAUGUCAUCAGAGGCCUCAUUCCAGGCACCAGGUACCAGGUGUGUGUCGGGGAGAUGGUGGCUGCAGAACACCAGCUGACCUGUGACGUCAUCACUACUGCCGAGGAUGUACCAGGUCCACCGGUAACUGAUAGUGGUUCGUGCAGUAAUCAAGCCCCUGGUACCCACUGGCGGUGUGACGUUGUUUGGAAUGCACCGAAAAAGGCUCACGGUAGGAUAACUGGGUACCUGGUGGAGUGGAAGGACAAGGAGGGGUACGUGUUGAUGGAGUCAGCGGUGAAAGGAGUGCUGUGUGAGCCUCGCUGUUAUGAGAGCCAAGUGGUCAACUUCCACCCUAGUGAAGUGUGUGUGUCAGCCAGGACCAGCGCCGGCCUGGGCUGGGAGAGCUGUUCACCCAUUCACG